AUGGUUGGAACUAUUCCUGAGGAGGGGCAAAUGCUCCUGGCUCACGACGCUACGUUCGAGAAGAUCCUUCACAAGGGCACCUCCAAGACUGUCGGCAUGUCAGCAAUGCUGAAGAAGGAUCACGAGGCACAGCAAGCGGCCACGGACGAGUACUUCAGACACUGGGACAACAAGAGCGCACAGAAGGAAACAAAGGAGGACAGAGAUGCCCGGACAGCGGAUUAUGCGUCCUUGACAAGACAGUACUACAACCUCGCCACCGACUUUUACGAAUAUGGCUUCGGCCAGAGCUUCCACUUCAGCCGCGCCGCGCCCGGCGAGUCGUUCAAACAGAGCAUCGCCCGACACGAACACUACCUCGCCCACGUCAUCAAUAUCAAGAAAGACAUGAAGGUGCUGGAUGUCGGAUGUGGCGUCGGCGGACCGGCCAGGGAGAUUGCCAAGUUCACGGGUGCCUACGUCACUGGCCUCAACAUCAACGAAUACCAGGUGGAACGCGCCAAAAGAUACGCGGUGAAGGAGAAGAUGGACAAGCAGGUUCAGUUUGUCCAAGCAGACUUCAUGAACAUCCCCUUCGACGACAACACCUUCGACGCAGUCUAUGCCAUCGAGGCCACCGUCCACGCGCCCUCCCUCGAGGCCGUGUACUCUGAAAUAUUCCGCGUCCUCAAGCCCGGCGGCGUCUUUGGCGUCUACGAAUGGGUCAUGACGGAGAAGUACGACGACGCCGACCUCCGGCAGCGCAAGAUCCGCAUCGAGAUCGAGCAGGGCGACGGCAUCGCCAACAUGGUCAAGGUCACGGAGGCGCUGCGCGCGUUCGAGGCCGCCGGCUUCGACGUCCUCGAGCACGAGGACAUGGCGGAGCGGCCGGACCCGAGCCCGUGGUACUGGCCGCUCGACGCCGGCAGCUGGAGGCACGCGCAGACGAUGGGCGAUCUGAUGUACACGUUCCGCAUGACGGGCCUCGGGCGGGCCGUCACCCACGGCUUCCUCGGGCUCAUGGAGACGCUGAGGCUUGCGCCGCCGGGCAUGAUGAAGAUGUCGGACAGCCUGGGCGUUGCCGCCGACGCGCUGGUGCUGGGAGCCAAGGAAAAGAUCUUCACUCCAAUGUAUCUCAUGGUCGGCCGAAAGCCUAUUCAAAAGGAGUAA